AUGGCAAAGACACCGUACAGUGGCGAAUCGUGGAUAUGGUGGAUCGUCGUACUCGCCAUGAUCGGCGCGCGGCUAAUUUCUCGAAAACUGCUAUUUCGCUCGAUCAAAGGCCUGCAAGUUGACGACUGGGUCAUGGGCCUGUUUGUGGCAACCUGCUACACCACUUUCAUCGUAAUUUCCAACAAGUACCUGAAGGCUGGAUCAAACCUUGAGCCGAGCGGCUUCGACUGGAGUGCAGUCAGCGCGCGAGAUAUUUCGCGUCGCGUGUACGGCAGCAAACUCAUGAUUGUCGUGGAACAGAUGCUGAUUCUUGUCAUCUGGUCCUGCAAGGGCUGCCUGUUGGUCAUGUACCACCGAUUGACACGCACAGCGCUGCGCAAGGAAAACGUCGCCAUCAAACUUCUCGCCGCCUACGUUGUGCUCGGCUUCGUUGUCAUGGAACUUCUGUACUUCGCUGCCUGGUGUCGUCCAUUUUCACUAUACUACGCGGUACCGACUGCGAAUAAGCAAUGCGAUACCCUGAUCGACCAUCGCAUCACCAAGACCGUCUUCAACGUAUCAUCGGAUCUGGUCAUGCUUUGCAUCGCCCUCCAGAUGCUUAUCCGGUCGUCACUUCCCACCAAGCGGAAAAUGGUCCUUUGCUUUAUCUUCUCACUUGGGCUGUUCACCAUAACGGCGGCUAUCCUGAGUUUGUAUUAUUCCAUAAGCAACUCCUACAUCCACACCUGGCUCUCUUGGUACCUCCGCGAGGUCUCCAUGGCGGUUAUUGUUGCCAACAUACCGUUCACCUGGACCAUCCUACGGGAGCUCUUUGAGGUAGACGAGUUUAAUGCGUCAAGUCCUCAGCCGUGGUCUUUCUACCCAGCCCCACGAAGCACGACAAACAGCAACAACGCGCGAUUGUCACAGGCGACGGGCCCGUCAGUACCGAAUGCUUCUAAACACCGGGAGAGAUCUGCAACAUCCAGACUUGCGAGUCAAGAUACGCAGUCUCCGACGCUGGUUGGGUCCCUUUCUGUCAGCAAGACGUCAGGGGAGUCACCAUCAAAAAGCUUGAAAUUCGAAGGCUCAGAGAGGGGUGAGAUGGUGCAAAUCAGGUCCCAUGAUUUUGCGGCCGCAUCAUCGCCGCCUGCUCACGAUCACGAUGCCAUCUCCCCCGUGUUACCAUGA